CCCUCUGGUGUCAUAUACAUACCUUCGCACAUGACGUUUGUUUUACGUGAUGACGUCGUGUUGUAGACUCAGCUAUGAUGGCAGCCGUAGGUUGACUGACAUCGAUAGAUUUCAGAAUAUCAACUAUUUAAAAGUUAGCGGAAAACCCCCGACACAAUAACGUAGAGCAAAUCAUCAGUUUUCAGACAGUCCACACCUAAAACACACACCGCCCGGUUUGGGGAACGAAGUGGCACUAUGCCCGCAGCUACUGUGGAUCACAGCCAAAGAAUAUGUGAGGUUUGGGCCAACAACCUGGAGGAGGAGCUGAAGAGGAUCCGACAUGUCAUCCGAAAAUAUAACUAUAUUGCUAUGGACACAGAGUUUCCAGGGGUAGUAGCCAGACCAAUUGGAGAGUUCAGAAGCAACGCCGACUAUCAGUACCAGUUACUGCGCUGCAAUGUGGAUUUGCUCAAGAUAAUCCAGCUGGGCCUCACCUUCAUGAAUGAACAAGGGGAAUAUCCUCCAGGAACAUCGACAUGGCAGUUCAAUUUUAAGUUUAAUCUCACAGAAGAUAUGUAUGCACAGGACUCCAUUGAGCUCCUGACCACUUCAGGGAUUCAGUUCAAGAAACACGAGGACGAAGGCAUCGAGACACUGUACUUCGCAGAGCUGCUGAUGACUUCAGGAGUGGUGCUCUGUGAUGGGGUCAAGUGGCUGUCAUUUCACAGUGGCUAUGAUUUCGGAUAUCUGAUCAAGAUUCUGUCCAAUGCUAACCUGCCUGAGGAGGAGGUGGACUUCUUUGAGAUUCUUCGCUUGUACUUUCCAGUUAUUUAUGAUGUCAAGUAUCUCAUGAAGAGCUGUAAAAACCUGAAGGGUGGGCUGCAGGAAGUAGCUGAGCAGCUGGAGUUGGAGAGGAUCGGACCACAGCAUCAGGCCGGCUCUGACUCCUUACUCACAGGCAUGGCUUUUUUCAAGAUGAGAGAGAUGUUCUUUGAGGAUCACAUUGAUGAUGCAAAGUACUGUGGUCACUUGUAUGGGCUGGGCUCCGGCUCGGCCUACGUCCAGAACGGAACGGGGAACGCUUACGAAGAGGAGGCUAACAAGCAGCAGUCGUGACACCACAUUUCUUCAUGCACAAUCAGUGCAGUCCUGAAGCCAAGCUUAGACAACCGAAUGAUGAUGAUGAUGAUUAUGAUGAAGAUGAUGGUGAUGAUGAUGAUGAUGGAAGAACACAAAACAUGCACACGUCAUUUAGCAAGCUGCUUCUCAUAGGCUCUGCUCACCUUACACAACUGAAUUUGAUGGUCAGAAAAAAAAACAAAACACACACAAAAAAAAAUGCAGCUGGUCCCACACAUGCUUUCACUGGCUGCGUGUGUGUGAGUUUAGUUUUUUAUUCCCAUGAAUAAUGGGCGGCCUGGUUGGAUCAAUUCAAUUUAACAUGCUUGAAAAGAUGGGGAUUUUAGUUUUCCUAAAAUGUUCUGUAGAAAACGUUUUGCACUUUAAAGCUCAAACCUGAUUUUAUAUGGAAAGCUGAAAAUGUUUCUGGUGUCUCUCUCUCCUCUUUGUUGCCUUUUCGACGUUCCAGAUUUGCGUUGUGAACAUGUAAACCUCUACUAUCGCAACAACGGCUCUCACCAUGCUCAGCCUUAACGUUAGCUGCAUUCUUAUCUUUUAAAGUUUUAUUUAUUGUGCUGGUUGUCUGACAUCGAGUAGUUUCAACACUAAGAUGGAAGACAUGUCAGUGUCGUCCCCCCCCUCCCCCAUUGGAGCUCUCAGUGAGUCUGUUUAUGUGCACACGAAUAUCUAAUGUCUCAGUUUGUGUUCCCCCAUUUGUUUAUAUGUUUGUAAUGACCCGAAUAAGCUCUAAUCUCACUGUGAGAAGCCUUUACAAGCUGGUGUAUUCUGCUUAUACAGAGAAGAUACAAUGAAAAGAGAGCAUCAUUUCUUCUUUAUUCCUCAUAGCUGUUUUCUGUUUUGCAUUCAUAAUGGUGAGAGUAGUUGCAUACAUGAAUUGUAUACAGUAUGUACCAGAUGCAUACUUUUCACUGAGAAAUGUGAAUUAUUUGUGCGUGUAAAUGACACAAGCACACAUGGACAGAGAUGAAUCACCCCUCUACAUGGUCUAGCGCUGAUAACAACUAAAUUCAUCAGAAGAAGAAAACACUCGUCUGCUGUAGGAUGUGUUGAGGUUACCCCAAGCUACUCUGUUGAGAGUAAAUUUUCAUUUUUAAUGGAAGUUUAAGGUUUUGUAGAGUUUUAGUGUUGUAAUAAAAGAAGGUAAAACUUUUACUCAUUGGGGGAAAAAAAAAUAACAUUGCCUUUUAACAUACAUCUUUUGUUCCAGUGGAGUUAAUUUCAUUUGUAGUUCUGGCCUUUUGAAUGCCGUUUUCUUUUCUUUUUUUUUUCUUUGUAUCGCUCUCAAGUUCAUUCAUGCUGCGUAGAACAGCCGCAUGUACUAAACAAGUUUGAAUAAAUGCCAUGUUGUUGAAUAGUAUCCUGAAUUUCCAUAGGCGUGUGCUGAAGUGAGGCUCAUUCUUUAUUAACAGCCCCCCCACCGCAAAACAAGAAGAGACUGAACUAAUAAUCAUCAAUAUUUUCACACUGUAAAGGAGUAAAACAAGAAUAUGCAAUAAACAAGAGGAAUGUUUUAAGAUUAUUUUGUAAAUAAAGGCUUUAAACUUUUCUACCAUAAAA